CUUCCGCGAUGGAUGUCCACCGCAAUCCAACGCCGCCCUUGCCACUGUCAACAAGGUUCUAAAACCUGACAGGGCUGCUCGUUCGUGUCCAUCCCACCCCUCUCAUUUCCCAGGGGGCCCAGGGGAAAGAGCAGCUUGGCGGCUGGGCCACGACAGAGAAACUUGGUCGUUUCUACUUGGGAUGGUAAAUAAGCUCCUUCGCAGGCACCCGGAGUGUGGUCCCAAAGAUGGUCAUUACGCAUCACUGACUUCCAGCUGGUGGGACGUUUUGAACAUUCGUUGGGUUUUGCUUUUUGCAAGGCGUGUGCUGUAUUCCUGAAAAGUUGUGUAUACAUGAGAGGGUAAGAAAGGCCGAUAGAGGCGCUACCAAUCUCAGGCCAUGUAUUACGAAUGAUUGACUCUAAAUUUGGCCUUCAAGGAGCCCUGCUGGCAUAAGGGGCGAUGCACUGGCUGCUGCUAACCACAAGGUGUGCAGUCCACUCUGAGGGAGAGAGACCUCCCUUGGAGGGUUUCAGUCUCGGAUACCCACAGGAGCAGUUCUGCUCUCUCUGUCCUAUAGGAUUGCUCUGAGUGAGAAUACUGGGCCAGAGAUAAAGACGGGCUUUCUACUCCCAUAAAGAGUUACAGUCUCAGAAAGCCACGGGGGCAGUUCCACCCUGCCCAGGAGGAUCGCUCUGAGCUGGCAUCCGCUGGAUGGCUGUGAGUGGCUUUGGUUUGGUGGCACUAUUGGUAAGACUGCUAACCGCCAGGUCUGUGGGAGACAGAUGGGGGGGUCUGCUCCCGCAAGGAUGGAGAGCCUGGAAACCCUACAUGGGUUCACUCUGCGUGGGGAUUGACUCGGCAGCAGUGGGAGGGACCAAGGGAGCUGGCAGAAGCCCCUGCCCCAUGGAAGGGCCAGCCUUGGAGAGAAGUGGCUCUGAGUGGCAGCUGGAAGAUGGCCACCUCCGGAGGCCCUGGCUGAACCCUCAGGAAGACAGAACACCCAGCCUGAUGGCCCCCCGGCCCCCCAAGGCAUGGCGGGUGCAGCUCCCAGGCCCCUCCGUGCUGGAGUUCAAGGUGAGGGCCUUGAAGGAGGAGAGGACCUCGGGCCAGCAGGGGCUGAGCUCUGGCCCCACCGCUCACAGGAGACUCAAGUGCAGAAGGGUCAAGACAGGUGGCACUGAGGUGCCUGCAGGAGAUUCUUCCCUGCCAGAUGCCUUGCUGGUGGCCCAUGGUCUGAGCCUGACUGACGGACAGCUGGAGGGAAGGGUCAGUGAAGAAGAACCUGCUGAGAAGGAGUGUCUCGGGCCCCCCAGGCCGCCUGCCCUUAGGCUGGAGUGCUGGGGCAGGAGGAGCCCUCGGCCUCCAGAGACAGCAUGGGCCCUGUUGGACCCUCAGAGAGCACCACUGCCAGGGCCAGCCUCUUUGCAAGACAGCCCUCUCCUCGGUGCUGCUCCGAGUCGGCCGAACCACAAAGUCACCCACACACACACCCCAAGGAGGGGACGGUCACAUCUCGCUCAAGAUGGUCAGGCCACAGGGGAAGACCCAGAUAGCACCUCCCUGACCUCCGAGGAGGACUUUGUCCCCAGGACAGCCCUGCUGGGGGGCCUCUGGAGAGCUGCAGACCAGGGGGCCCUGGGCCCUGGGGGCAGCGCCUUGUCCCUGUCUGAGCGGGUGGAGAGGAACCGCCUUCUGCUGCAGGAGAUGCUGAGUGGUUCAGGGCAGGGACCCCCGAAGGCAGGCAUCCAGGCCUGGACUCCAUCCUGGGAGCAAGCUGCACCAGAGCGACCAGCCGGGGACUUGGACUGGGACUCCGGCAUCUCCCUGCAGGAUUCAGAUCAGAAGAGUGCCAAGCUGGAACCCACACUGAGCCCCAGCCACGAGAACGCCACACACCUGCUGCAGCAUGCUCGCAUGAAGGCCAGGACCCAGCCCCUCCGGGCCAGCCACGACAUCAUGCCUGUCAUGGCCCUGGGCAGCCGAGACUGCCAGAGGAGCCCCGCCCGGGACCCAAGGAUGGCCCCCACGAACGGGAACCUGAGCGACUCCUCCAGCGGGGACUCCAGCAGCGGGCUGUGGCCCAAACGGGGCCCCUCCCCGACGUCCCAUGUGCGCUUUGAGGACGAGUCCGCCCACGACGUCCGGUUCCGCUACCAGGAGCGGCUGCAGCAGCGCCAGCGCCAGGGGCUGAGCUCCGGGCUGCGGACGGCGGCCCAGGGCCCGCUGCGCUCCAAGCCGGACCUCGCCGACUACGUGCGCAGGGACUCAGGGGAACGGUCCCUCCACCGGCUGGGGGGUGGGCUGCACCCCGCGGGCUUCCCGCCGCCGCCCCCACGGGACUGCGAGAGGAAGUGUCAGGCCUGCGGCAGUUGCAUCCAGCGGCCACCCCCAGACUCGAGGGUCCUUCAGGAACUGGACGCGGCCUGCGGGGUGGGCAGGGUGCUGGCCGAGAGCCUUGCAUCUGGGGUCCGGAGCGCCCCCGUCAGGCUCCGCUCAGAGUGGAUCCGAGAGACGCACAUCGGGGCCGCCCCGCGCCCAGGGGAGGUGGACUCUGCCCCGGACAGCACCGACACGUCGGACAGCUGCAGGACCGACAGCGAAGAUGCCGCGGCCUCUCAGCCCAGCAGAACUCGGGGCAGAACCCGGGCCGCCAGACCUCGAGGGGGCCACAGGUGGUCCGGGAAGGUGGAGCUGUCCCGGGGCCCUCAGGCCCAGCCUCAGCUGCUUAUGGACCAGUUGGAAGCUGGGCAUGAGAGGACAGAAGGCAGAGGACAGUGGCCAAUGGAGACUGGGCUUCCCGGAGAAGAUGCCGCCCCUACGCCUCCUUCCCCAAACUCAAAGAGGGCUCCCCUGGGCUCCCCAGGGCGGCCAGGGCCCGGGCUGGACAGUGCUUGUGCUUACCUGGUAGCUUCCUACGCUCCAUGCAGGACAGCCGCUGCCAACCCCUCGUUGAGGAAGAGCCCGCGGUCCCGGCCAGACAGACAGACCCGGCUUAUGGAAAGCCACGAGCCUGCGGCAGCUGACUCCACAUCCUUGCUGCAGCAGAGCCAGGUGGAGCUUGCUGCCCCCCACCCCAUCCAGCAGCCAGCCGCCUCCUUCUCCUGCGAGGGCCCGGUGCCAACCCCUCCCUCUUCAAGGCAAACAGCCUCCUCCCCUGUGCCCUCCCCUGUGCCUCACGGGAAGGCAGCCCUGGCCAGGCCCCCAAGGCCGAGUGGCCAAAGGGGACCUGCGGACUCUCCCCUGCCUCCUCCAAGAAGUGGGGUACUCACUACCUGUGAGACCCCGCCCUGCAGUCUUCAAGCCAGGCACCCACAGCUGGCGCUGCCCACCAACUGCAACAACAGUGACCCCUGGGUACCGCAGGAGUCCUGGGGAGAAACCACCCCUGAGAGCAGGGUGGAGAGCGGCCCCUGCAGCCCGGAGCCAGAGUUGCCCCAGGAGAACAGCCGGGAAGGAGGACCCCGCCCAGCAGGUGUUGGCACCAUCAGUGCCGUGGGUACCACCCUCUCCCUGGAGGAACCCAAGCCCAGCCAGGAGCCAUCGGGAGACCUGCAGAGGAGAGAGCGGAGGUCUGGAGGGCGUGGGCCAGCAGGAGCAUCGCCAGAGGUCAGUGCGGGAUCCUGCCCGCCCCCGCCUGCCCCCUCGAGGAGAAGCAGCAGCAGUAGCAUUGCCUCCAGCCUGGGGCUGAAAAAGCUCUUCGCAGCCCUGGGCCAGGGUACUAGGUCCAAGCUGGGCAAGUCCCGAAGCUACAGCGUGGAGCAGCUGCAGCCCUCCGCCGCCUGCACCCCCAAAGUGACCAGAGCGCCAUCCUUGCAGUCCCUGCGGUCGAGGUGCGCCAAGGCCCAGCCUCGGCGCGCCCUCAGCGUGGAGGACGUGAGCGCCCCGAGCCUGGCCCGCACGGUGGGCCGUGUGGUGGAGGUUUUCCCAGACGGAACGAGCCAGCUGCAGCUACAGCGCUCCCCUGAGGGCACGUUUGGCUUCCGCGUGGCCUCGGGGAAUGGGCGCCGAGACUCAGGGUUCUACGUGCAGGAGAUGGCCGAUGCCAAAACGGCCAAGCUGUACUCGGGGCUGCUGGGCGUCGGGGACGAGCUGCUGGAGGUGAACGGGGCCAAGGUGGCCGGGCUGGGCCUGGCUCAUGUCUCAGAGCUCCUGGCCCGUGCUCAGAGCCUGUCACUGCGCGUGCUGAGGCAGAGGCCCGCCCCACGGUGAUCCAGAGCAGCCGGCCCUCGCUGUCACCGCUCGGACGCUCUGGCCCUCCUGAGGGCCGCUUGGGAAUGGGCUGCUGCAGCCAAGGGCCCCAGGAAGAGGCUGGGGGCUGGUGUGUGGAUUUGGUAUUAGCCAAUUGAUGCAGAACUGGGGAAAGAAAGGGAGAGCCCCCCUCUGAGCCAGAGGUGGCAUGCCAACCGUGCACCCUGGUUGGCAGGAGGAGAGAGUCCAAGAGGCCCUUGUUGGUCUCAGAGCCAGCUGGCCCCCAGGUCCCAUCCCCCUCUGCCACAGCCCCCAGCCCCAGCACCCCAGACCCCAGGAAAGGGCCUGCCAUGUUGGCCUGAAGCCCUUUCCAUUUUUUCUUUCACCUUUUGCCUUACGACUGUUCCUAGCCUUUUCUGGAAAUGGACAAAGUGGCCUUACUGCCGGGACCAUAUAUUCUAAAGCCAAACAAUGGAACGUGCCCUGAGCCUGCACGUGAGGACGUGAGGGAUGCUACCCAAACCCAAACUCACCGCCACCCAGCCCCUGUGGACUCACGCGGACCCUAGGAGACAGGGUAGAGCUGCCCCUGGAUGUUUCUGAGGCUGUCACGCCUUACUGGUGUAGAAAGCCUCAGUUUUUCUCCCUCAGAGCGGCUGAUGGUUUUGAACUGCUAACCUUGCAUUUAGUAAUCUUGAUGAUCUAUAACUAAAGAAAACAACCGCCAUUUCCGAUCAGUCUCAGGGAAGAACAGCUGUGUGAACCCCACUCCAGCCCUGGCUCCAGCUGCAGGGUGGGGGUGGGGGCAGUCCUGGGUCACCCUCGGCCUCCCUGGCCCUCCUUCAGGGUCCCACCUUCUAUGAGCUUGCAGACAGCGCUACCGUAGGAGCCAGGCUGUGGCCCUGCCACAUGCCCGGCCCAGACCUCCCCGAGCCGACAGCAGCUGGCUGCCGGGAGAGCAGGAGGGAAGGGCUCUUACUCAUGAACACCUACCAGAGGGCUGGGAGGUUUAAAAUGAUUAAAACCCAGGGCCGGCCAUGGGUUUAAAAGGAUUAAACAGUGGAGCUGAAGCUUC